UACCCGCAGCUCUCCUCUCAUUCAUGCUGAUCGCUGCUGUCCUGCGCGCACCGAACUGCAGAGCUGAGCUUCGACUCCGGUGCUGCUGCUGGUCUCUGACAAGCCCGCCGGGAAUGGAAAUGUCUUCUGCUGCAACUCUGACAUCUUAAAAAGACAAAACAUGCCAAGGAGGACGAACGCGAACGGCGGUUUGAGCAGGCUGGUGGCGGACGAGGCCGAGGAUCAGGGGUUGAGGCUGUAAAAACAACAGCGGAGCAAGGAGGGAAAAAAAGACAGAGGAAGCAAUCGCUUUGGAAGUCUUUUUCCAUCUUCUACCAUCGUACCCUGCAGUCCUAAACGGAACCGACUGACCCUGCAGAGGAUUACACGCUGAAAAGAAUCCACAGCGGCACCCGCUCGCUCCCCUCACCGCAAUGACCUCCUACCUCAACCCACCUCUUCGCAUACCCCUCAUCCUCUUCCUCCUCCUCUCCCUGUCCAUACCCUGCACCCCGCUCCUCCUCUCCUUCCUUCCACCGGAAGGAGGCCUCACGCAUUUGGUGGUUCACAACAAAACGGGCGAGGUGUACCUGGGUGGCGUCAACUGGAUCUACAAGCUGUCGAAAAACCUGACCAAGCUACGGAGCCACGUCACCGGCCCGGUCACAGACAACCCUCGCUGUUACCCUCCGCCCGGCGUCCAGUCCUGCCCCCACGAGCUGGUGCAGACCUCCAAUGUCAAUAAGCUGCUGCUCCUCGAUGCCGCCCACAACCGCCUGAUUGCCUGCGGCAGUACCUCCCAGGGAAUUUGCCAGUUCCUGCGUUUGGAUGACUUGUUCAAGCUGGGCGAACCCCACCACCGCAAGGAGCACUACCUAUCCAGCGUCGCCGAGGCGGGCACCAUGUCUGGCGUCGUGAUCUCCCCGGAUCUUUUCGGCGGAGGCGGGAAGCUCUUUGUUGGCACCCCCAUCGACGGGAAAUCAGAGUACUUCCCGACGCUGUCCAGCCGCAAGUUGAUGUCCAACGAGGAGAACGCCGACAUGUUCAGCUUCGUCUACCAGGAUGAGUUUGUGUCCUCGCAACUGAAGAUCCCAUCAGACACGCUCUCCAAGUUCCCGGCGUUCGACAUCUACUACAUCUACGGCUUCAACAGCGAGCAGUUUGUGUAUUAUCUGACCCUUCAGCUGGACACCCAGCUCACCUCGCCGGACGCCAGCAGCGAACAGUUCUUCACCUCUAAAAUUGUGCGCCUGUGCGUCGACGAUCCGAAGUUCUACUCCUAUGUCGAAUUCCCCAUCGGCUGCACCAAAGACGGAGUGGAGUACCGCUUGGUCCAGGACGCCUAUUUGGCCCGGGCCGGGGUCCGCCUGGCCCGUUCGCUCGGUAUUGAAGAGCACGAGGAGGUUCUGUUUACCGUGUUCGCCCAGGGUCAGAAGAACAGAGCCAAGCCGCCCAAGGAGUCGGCUCUGUGCCUGUUCACAAUGAGGCGGAUAAAGGAGAGGAUUAAAGAGAGGAUUCAGUCGUGCUACAGAGGAGAGGGCAAACUCUCCCUCCCGUGGCUCCUCAACAAGGAGCUGGCCUGCAUCAACUCGCCACUUCAGAUAAACGACAACUUUUGCGGCCAGGACUUCAACCAGCCUCUAGGCGGCACCACCGCCAUCGAGGGCAUCCCGCUCUACGUGGACAAGGACGACGGCAUGACCUCCGUGGCAGCCUACGACUAUCGCGGGCACACUGUGGCGUUCACUGGCACCCGCGGCGGGCGCAUGAAGAAGAUCCUGGUGAACUCCAUCUCCCAGCCCGCCUUGCUGUACGAGAAUGUGGUGGUGAGCGAUGGCAGCCCCAUCCUGAGAGACAUGCUCUUCAGCCCGGAUCACCAGAACUUAUACGCCCUCACCGAUAAGCAGGUCACACGUGUGCCGGUGGAGAGCUGUGAGCUGUACAGCAACUGUGGAGCCUGCUUGGGAUCAGGGGACCCUCACUGUGGCUGGUGUGUGCUCCAUAAUGUAUGCGCGAGGAAGGACCGCUGCGAACGUGCCGAGGAGCCUCAGCGUUUCACCACCAGGGUGGAGCAGUGCGUCCGACUGUCUGUCCAACCCAACACGGUCUCCGUCACCAUGUCGGAAGUGCAGUUGUCCCUACAGACGCAAAAUGUCCCUAGUCUGUCUGCCGGAGUCAACUGCUCCUUCGAGGACUAUGUAGAGACAGAAGGACGCAUCUAUGGUGGAAGAAUCUUUUGCCUGUCCCCCUCUACAAAAGCAGUUUCCCCCAUCACUCGAGACCAAGGUGACCAACGUGUUAUAAAGUUGUAUCUGAAGUCAAAGGAGACGGGGAAGAAGUUUGCCAGCGUAGACUUUGUCUUCUACAACUGCAGCGUCCACCAAUCGUGCCUGUCCUGCGUCAACGGGAACUUCCCCUGCCACUGGUGCAAAUAUCGCCACAUGUGCACGCAGGACGCCAGCGACUGCUCCUUCCAGGAGGGACGAGUCAACACCUCGGAGGAAUGCCCUCAGAUCCUCCCCUCCACCCAGAUCUACAUGCCCGCUGGGGUCCUGCGGCCGAUCACGCUGCUGGCCCAGAACCUGCCGCAGCCGCAGUCUGGGCAAAGGAACUAUGAGUGCAUCUUCCACAUCCAGGGCAACACACACAGCGUCCCGGCUCUGAGGUUCAACAGCACCAGCAUACAGUGUCAGAAGACUACGUACGACUACGAGGGCGGCGACAUCAGUGACCUGCCAGUCGACCUCUCCGUGGUGUGGAACGGAAACUUUGUGAUCGACAACCCGUUCAACAUUCAAGCUCACCUGUACAAGUGCAGGGCGCUGAGGGACAGCUGUGGUAUGUGCCUAAAAGCCGACCCCAGGUUUGAAUGCGGCUGGUGCGUCCAGGACAGGAAGUGUUCCCUCCGGCAGGAGUGCAACGGUGGAGGAAAUUCCCACCUGGCGCCGCAGCUGACGGAAGGCGGAGGCUGGAUGCACGCCACCUCCGGAAACAGCCGCUGCAGCCACCCAAAGAUCACUAAGUUGUUCCCAGAGACGGGGCCUCGCCAGGGGGGAACCAGGGUGACCAUCCUGGGGGAGAACCUGGGCCUGCAGUUCAGAGACAUCCAGAUGGGGGUCAGGCUGGGCAAGGUGCCCUGCGUGCCUAUUGAAGAGGAGUACAUAAGUGCAGAGAGAAUAGUGUGUCUGCUGAACGAUGCUACCAGCUACAGGGUCCAAGAAGCUCAGGUUGAGGUGUGUGUGAGAGACUGCGUCAACGACUACAGGGCCCUGUCUCCCAGGCCGUUUACCUUUGUGACUCCGUUCUUCAGCCGUAUCCAACCAUCUCAGGGGCCAAUUUCCGGGGGCACCCGAGUCACCAUCGAGGGAAGCUACCUCAAUGCGGGCAGCUACGUGUCUGUCAGCAUCGGACCACAGCCCUGCCACUUCGAAAAGAGGUACGCCCGUGAGAUAGUGUGCGUUACACCAGCCGGAUUUACAGCGGGCCCUGCGUCAGUGUUGGUGGACAUCGACGACGCCGAGCUCCGAAACCCAGAGGUCAAGUUUAACUACACUGAAGACCCCACAGUGCUGAGGAUCGAACCUGACUGGAGCAUUGCCAGCGGUGGCACUCUGUUGACGGUGAGCGGGACCAACCUCGCAACCAUCCGAGAGCCAAAGAUCAGGGCCAAGUACGGGCAGGCGGAGUCCUUUCAUAACUGUACAGUGUACAACAACUCGGUGAUGGUGUGCCUGGCUCCAUCGGUGGCCGACUCGGAGCUGGCUUUUUCCGAGACCGGCACGGGGCCGGAUGAGAUCGGGUUCUACAUGGACAACGUUAAUGCCCUGGUGGUGGUCAACGAGACUUUCAGCUACUAUCCUGACCCCGUGUUUGAGCCGCUCAGUGUCUCCGGGGUUCUGGAGCUCAAACCCACAUCGCCGCUCAUUCUCAAGGGUCGUAACCUGAUCCCAGCGGCUCCAGGUAACAGCCGCCUCAACUACACGGUGCUGAUUGGGGAGACUCCCUGUGUCCUCACCCUGUCCGAGAGCCAGCUGCUGUGUGAGUGGCCCAACCUCACGGGACAACACAAAGUCACGAUCCGUGCGGGUGGGUUUGAGUACUCCCCUGGGACUCUUCACAUCUACUCGGACAGCCUGCUGACGCUUCCUGCCAUCAUUGGCAUCGGCGGGGGUGGUGGUCUGCUGCUUUUGGUCAUCAUCGCUGUGCUGAUCGCCUAUAAGAGGAAGUCAAGGGACGCGGACCGCACUUUGAAACGUCUCCAGCUCCAGAUGGACAACCUGGAGUCCAGAGUGGCUCUGGAGUGUAAAGAAGCUUUUGCCGAGCUUCAGACGGACAUCCACGAGCUGACCCAGGAGCUGGACGGAGCUGGGAUUCCUUUCCUGGACUAUCGCACGUAUGCAAUGAGGGUCCUGUUUCCGGGGAUUGAGGACCACCCUGUGCUGAAGGAGAUGGAGGUACUGGUCCAGGCGAACGUUGAGAAGGCUCUGACGCUGUUUGGCCAGCUGCUGACCAAGAAGCACUUCCUGUUGACGUUUAUACGAACCCUGGAGGCACAGAGGUCCUUUUCAAUGCGGGACCGAGGCAACGUUGCAUCGCUCAUCAUGACCGCCCUGCAGGGGGAGAUGGAGUACGCCACCGGAGUCCUGAAGCAGCUGCUGUCCGACCUGAUAGACAGAAACCUGGAGAGCAAAAACCAUCCCAAGCUGCUGCUCAGGAGAACCGAGUCUGUGGCUGAGAAGAUGCUGACUAACUGGUUCACCUUCCUCUUGUAUAAGUUCCUCAAGGAAUGUGCCGGGGAGCCCCUGUUCAUGCUCUACUGUGCCAUCAAGCAGCAGAUGGAGAAGGGGCCCAUAGACGCCAUCACGGGAGAAGCCCGCUACUCCCUCAGCGAGGACAAGCUCAUCAGGCAACAGAUUGACUACAAAACACUGACGUUGCACUGCGUGAACCCAGAGAACGAAAACGCCCAAGAGGUGACGGUCAAGUGUCUCAACUGUGACACCAUCACUCAGGUCAAAGAGAAGCUGCUCGAUGCUGUGUACAAGGGCAGCCCCUACUCACAGCGACCUAAAGCUUCUGACAUGGACCUGGAAUGGCGCCAAGGUCGCAUGGCUAGGAUCAUUCUGCAAGACGAAGACGUAACCACUAAGAUCGACAAUGACUGGAAACGGCUCAACACGCUGGCUCACUAUCAGGUGACUGACGGCUCUGUGAUCGCCCUGGUGCCGAAGCAGAACUCUGCCUACAACAUCUCCAACUCCUCCACCUUCACCAAGAGCCUCAGUAGAUACGAGAGUAUGCUGAGGACGGCCAGUAGUCCAGACAGCCUACGAUCACGAACACCCAUGAUAACCCCGGACCUGGAGAGUGGAACUAAAUUGUGGCAUCUGGUGAAGAACCACGACCAUUCGGACCAGAGGGAGGGCGACCGAGGCAGCAAGAUGGUCUCUGAGAUCUACCUGACACGGCUGCUUGCUACGAAAGGUACGCUACAAAAGUUUGUGGACGACCUUUUUGAGACCAUCUUCAGCACGGCACACAGAGGCAGCGCCCUGCCGCUGGCCAUCAAGUACAUGUUCGACUUCCUGGACGAGCAGGCCGACAAACACUCCAUUACAGACUACGACGUGCGGCACACCUGGAAGAGCAACUGUCUUCCUCUGCGGUUCUGGGUGAACGUCAUCAAGAACCCCCAGUUUGUCUUUGACAUCCAGAAGAACAGCAUCUCAGACGCCUGUCUGUCCGUGGUGGCGCAGACCUUCAUGGACUCCUGUUCAACGUCAGAACACAAGCUUGGAAAAGACUCCCCUUCAAAUAAGCUCCUCUACGCUAAAGACAUCCCCAACUACAAGAACUGGGUCGAGAGGUAUUACUCGGACAUAUCCAGAAUGCCAGCCAUCAGUGACCAGGACAUGAGUGCCUACCUUGCAGAGCAGUCGCGCCUGCACCUCAGCCAGUUCAACAGUAUGUCGGCGCUGCACGAGAUCUACUCCUACAUCAUCAAAUACAAAGACGAGAUCUUGUCGGCGUUACAGAAGGACGACCAGUCGCGCAGACAGCGGCUACGCGGAAAGCUGGAGCAGGUCAUUGACACCAUGGCGCUGGCCAGCUGAGGACCGGCCCGUCCUCACGACGACCUUCGACACGCGUGACAUUUUUUGGCCCUUUGACGUUAGAAGUCUGUCCGUUACCCCCUUCACAAACAGCAGCGGAAAGGACUGCAAGGACACAAGCGGCCAGCAGCAGCAGCAGCAGCACACAGGAGAGACGGCAGAGUUUGGAACUGAGGCCACUCCGGGGCUGGCUUUUUCUUUUUCUCUCUGAGCCACCAACCCAGCUCCCAACAACCAAAUCAAGCGCACCCUCAGCCUCAGCCAUUAUGGACCUCAGCUCAGAAGAGCGUUUAUUUUCAUCAAGGCCCUCAUCUCAUCUAGACUCCUACGGGUGCAGCACUUGGGUACUUUGUCCAUGAUCGGCAUCGGCACACUGCUGACCAAAAAGCUCACCUAGCUGGAUCCAGAGCUGAAAUGCUACUGCAAAGGUGUAGGCCGCCAGCGAGGGGCUCUCCACAGCCAAGGCUACAAGUUUAAACUGGCAGCCAAUAAGAAACAAGGAUCUUUUAUUUCCUGGCUGUCCACUACUGUGAGGUCAGAGGUCGAGGUCGGCUACAGCGCAGCAGCCUUGGUGCUGGUAAGGAGGAAGAACUUUGCAGGGAAACUCUUCCUCCAGAACAAACUCUGCAACCUGUGAUCAACAUUUCAGGACAUUUUCAGUUUCAUAAUUCCGCUUAUGUUUUAUAAACCUAUUUCUUUCCCUCCUUUAACUGCCUCCUCUCCCCCUGUGCUGUGCCACUUGUGUCACUGCUGAAUUUGCACAACAAAGCUAAAUCAAAUGAAAGAAAAGGAUAUAUGAAUAUAUAUAGAUAUAGAUAUAGAUAUAUGAAUACAUACCUUGUUUUAAAAAAAAAAUUGAAAAUUGAAAAAAAAAAAAUGUUUUCCAUAGUGGUGUACAAAAAAAGUUUGAGAAGACUAUUUGAUAUUUCCAAGUUGAAAACAAUGAAAACACAAGAAAAAAGUCGUCCUGUGCCAUGUUUUACUUUGAAUGUUGUUUAGUGCAAAGAGACUUCUUUUUGUUAGAGGAGAUGUGCUAUGAUGAAAAUGUUGACAUGCUUAGUGACUAAAAGUGAAAUUUUAAACAUAUACAUACAUAUGUAUAUAUGUGUGUUUGUAUAUGUGUAUAUAUACAAAUAUAUAUAUAUACACAUAUAUAUUACACCGACCUACAGUGCUUUUGUGUUUGUUUUAGGAGAAACCAAAUACAUGGCCUGGUCAGCUGAUUCACACAAAAGACAUUCCUGUGGAAGCCACUAAAAAGGCCCAGCAGAGCAUUUGAGAAUUUGGUACACUGCGCUCUUCGACUUCUUGAUGUAGUUUUCUAGACUUCUCCUCUUGCCUGAAAAAAAAAGAAAAAAAAAAGGUAUGGGUCAGGCCCAACUUGGGUGUGCAGAAGAAAGGUGAAACAGCGCUGUCUCAUGUUUUGGCUUGUUUUCUCGUCUGCAGUGAAGACGCCCCGGCUAAAGGUACCCCCUUUUGAAAUGUGAAUGUGGUUUAUGAAAACAAAAUGUAGCUUGAUUUAUGUAAGUGAUUUUGUACCGGUUGAAGGCCUUUCUCUUUUUUUGUUUUGUAUUGUGUUUUGAUAGGGUUUAAAAAAACUGAAUUGUUUCCUUUCCAAUACGUGCUGUUCAGCAUUAUCUUGCAAUGCUUAAAAAAACAAUUGAUACAUCAAUGACACAUUCCUUUCUCCUGUGAGUGUAAAAAUAUGCUACACGGUCAAUAACAAACUAGAAAAAUAGAUUGAAAGAUUGAUAAACCAAACAGGGUAAUGUUUACUGUGUGCCGUCAUCCAUCCUGUAAGAGUUUGUUUGAAACAUGGAGCACUAGAACGGGCGUCUCAAGUACCGGGUCAGAGGUCAGAGGUCAAGAUCAACUCUGUUUUGAAAGCAAACAACUGAACAAAGCAGAUUAUAAUGCAUCCGAUGCAUCCUUCUUCAAAGGAAAUUGUUGGAGAUGCCUCAAAACCAUUUCAUGUUUUUUCCUCUUCAACAGUGCAUCCCUCUAAUUUUUUUCUGACUUGCAACUGUGUGGAAAAGCCUUUAAUCAGCUGACGCUAGAGUCACCCAUUUUUGAUCAUGAUCAGACAGCACAGAACUUUCCAGAUGCAUGCUGGACCUCUCGAGCCUUGGCUUAAAAGUCGGCUUGAGUUGGCGAAGGGGAACCUGAACGAUGCCAGCCUUUCUUGGGAUGUGCUGUGGUGAUAGAUGGCUGUAACUGCAGAUUUAGUAGAUCCCAGUGAAUCAGAAACACCCAAAACGCUUUUAAGCACACGAAAAAGCCCCCUGCGAUACGACCCACCCAUGGACCUAAAAACGUGCCUAUGCUGCAGUAACGUUGGGUGCGUUUAAUACUCUGAUGGCAAAGAUGGCACAUUCACACACUAGAAGAUUUUUGAAAGAACUUUGAAAGCCCAACCCGGAUAAAAACAUACCUAUACAGUACUCAUAUUUGUUAAUUGUAUUUAUAAAUAUGAUAAGCAUCAUCCUUUUCACAUAAGUUUUUACAAAACUGUAAACUAAGUAAAAGGUAUGUGAGCAAAGCUCCAGAAGGCAUUUGUUUGAGGCUGGGAUUGGUUAGUUAGUAGUCACUUAUGCCCUUGUGGUACAUUCAGGCCCAGGCCUCUUUUUUGUGUGUCUUUGAGCAGCAAUUUCUCCAGAAUAAGCUUUCAAGAACUGGCAAAUAGCAAUCAAGUUCAGGCAAGAAUGAGAUCUAAGUAACCGGAUUUCUCUUUUUAUGUGACAAUGAGGCAUUGCAGGGUGCUAGCUGCAUGUUAGCUGAUGUUGGUUAUUGCAGUUGAGGCAGCUACCUAGCUAACAUGCUAGUCUAAAUAGGAAUCCUACUACAUAAUGAAUGAUUUCCAAGGUGCAUUGGCAUGGAAGUUAUACACUAUUUUCCCUGAUACUGGACAUCAAUUCUCUGCGCCCUUUCACAUUUAGACAUCACUUAUUUUGUCUAGGUGUUAACUUUUUGUUUAUUUAUUUAAAGAUGCAUUCGAGACCUGGACCAACCCUUAACGCAACCUAACCAAUUGCAUGUUCGCUUGGCAUUUAAAAGGCAUACAUUACCCUCGAUGGAUUCGUUCUUUUAGGAUGCCGUGUUUGGCCCAAAUGAAACAUACUGCGUACUACGUGCUUAAAUACUGGAACCACUGAUCUCCGCAGGGUAAACCGAAGCUUAUUUUAAUCCACAACAGGAGAAAGUUAUCUCUAAUCGACCUUUCAGUUCUUCCAUAUGAAGAGUUAGCACUAAGUUAAAGUCAUUGAAAUACUCCUUCAUGGAAAGUAUUACGUUUUUGUAUUUACGCUUGAUAAGUGGUGAAUUUGAUGUAGUGUUAUUUCCACACUCAAGCACUCUAAUGCAUUCUGGUACAUAUGAUUUAAUGACUGAACCAGCCUGAUGCAUUUAUGUCUGGCUGUUAUUCACUUGCUCAACUCUUCUUUUGAUGGGGAUCGUUUUAGAGGUGUGGAAAUGGUAAUGAGGCUUAGUUGGUGAAGUAAAAAUGCAAAAAAGCGAAAUCAGCGAGAUGGCAGCAGAAAGCUCACUUGGUCUCUGGUUCUGUUGUAUCUUAGUUUCGCUUCUUGUUUUCUGCUUUACCACUUGUUGGGAUAUAAGAUGAAAAGACUUGGGCAAGGCAGAGGAAACACUUUGAAGGCCGCUUCAUUAUCCAUUCCGUUGCAUCUGUGUAACUUGACUUCCACAUAGUUAUAUACAGUGAUGAAGGAGGGAGGAGGAGGAGGGAGAGAUUCUCUUGGCGAUUGACUUCUGCAGAUCUGUUCACCGGGGCUUUUCUGGCUCAGCCCAUCCUGAAAAUGGUGAAUUUCCUUUAAUGUUUUCAAAGGGUCAGAUUCAAGGUACCUGUCCAAAAUGUGUAAUAUACAUGUUUACAACAUCAUGCAAGAUGAAUGUUGAAGUGCAAUAGUUCUGUUAGUUGUGAGACUGAGAUGAUAGGUUUGUGGACAGAAUGGCUGGCCCUUAAAUUAUGUCAUUUUCUUAUUUUUGUUUGACAAACAAAUGACUUUUGGAUCGUUGGUGUGUUAUGUUCAUUCACUAUGAUUCACCCUUUUUCACGUUCGGCUGAGCUAAGCUACUUUGUGACUUUAGCUGUGCACUUAAAUCUACUCCUAAAACAGAAAUUGGUAUCGGGCCACUCUCAACAAACAAAGUGAAUCAUCUCAUUUCUCAAAAUGAAGGAACUGUGCUUAUUUGCUUUCAUGGUGAAGCGUUAAAGAGAUAAUUGAGAACACCACCCUCAAAUCUGUCUGAGUGUGAAGCUGGGGGAGAGAAUAUGGUUAGCUUAGCUUAGCAUGGAGACGCGGAGCAGGGGAAAUAACCUGCUUACCUCUGCCCAGAAGUAAAAAAAACAAGCACUGAGAAGCUGGUUAGUUGAUUUAUGUGUGCAGAGACAGGCUAGCUGCGCUCUCUGGUAACUAGUUCCUCUGCUAAGCUAAGCUAACGGUAUCGUAGCUCUAGCUUGAUAUUGAGUAUAGGUUGCAGAUCGGAAAUUGGUAUACUCAAAUUGGGAAUAACGGCAUUUCCCAAAAUGUCAGAUUAUUGCUAUUUUUAACCAACCAAGAUAAUAAUUCAGGAACCUACAACCAUUUUCUUCAGAAAGAGAUCUCUGAAUUUAUUAUGAAAUGUUUUGUGAAAUGUGCUUAUUUUCAGUAUGGGCUGUACCCUCCAACAUGGCUGCUCCUGCAACGCACAAACUUAAAGCCUAAUGUGUCAUGUUCUGUCCCCUCCCUCUUCCCUUUAGCAACACUUUGUCACAAGUUUCACAUCCCUCGGGUUCUCUCCUGCUUCCACACCUACUGAGUUCACUCAGAUUAAAGUACACUUCAGAGCAUAUGAUACAAAAAAAACCUUCACACACAGAUUAGGGAAGAGAGCGGUAGAAAGAAAAAAAAAUAUCUUGAAGAGUUUUAAUACUUUAUGAAUUAUGAUACCUUUUUAAGAGUUUCAGACUUGAAGCUGCUGUGACAGGUUUUGGCUGUUUCACGCCUGUGUAAAUAUCCUGCUCUUUCCUAUUUUGCAGAUUUAUUACAUGUAAAUAGACACGCAUCAAGGAGAGAUUAAACAUGUUUUUUGCUAAAUCUGUGUCGUCUGACGUUUUCAUUCCCCUUCCCUAUAU